GCCAGACUUCAAGUGGCUGUCCUAAUGACAAGGCAUGCCACAGCAAGGAAAAACAAGGCUGUCAAAAAGCAGAUGUCUGCACUGAUUCACAGAUGGGAUUGAUAUUGCCAUGGCUGGAGGUGAUAUGCUGUAAUAUAGUCUUUACAUGCUGAAAAAUGUAUGUCCUCUAAUGAGAGUGUGUGUCUGGGCAGGGCUGCAGCUACGUAGAGAGGGGGGAUGUUUACUCUAUGCCAACAACAUAUACCACUUAGUUUGAAGAAGACAUACUGUAAGCGACGUGAGCAAGGUGGGGUAACAACGUCUCUGAUCAACCAACCGUGACCAUGUGGACAGUGGUGCUCCUCCUCAUUAUGGGAAUAGUGGAUCUGAGCCUCGGCCAGCAUUACAGCCAAUUCCAAUGGCUGUCACAUCUGCGAGGGCGGUGGCGGCACACUGGCUGGCAGGUUGAGGAUGAGGACUGCCCCCUGGAGUGCGACUGCCCCUCAACCUUCCCCAUAGCUAUGUAUUGUCAGGGCCGCAACCUUCAUCAUGUACCCUACGUCCCCUCACAUAUUAAGUAUGUCUACCUGCAGCACAACCAGAUCACAGGCAUCCGGGACGGGGUGUUUGACAAUGCUACCAACUUGGUCUGGGUUGUGUUGUGUCACAACCAGCUCAACUCAGACAAGAUUGGCAAGAACGUCUUCAGCAAGCUCAAGCACCUGGACCGGCUCUUCUUAGAUCAUAAUGAGCUUAUUCGUGUGCCUCCCAACUUGCCCAAGUCCAUCACAGACCUGCGACUUGGUCACAACAAGAUCCCAAAAAUCCUCUCCAAGUCAUUCGAGGGGAUGGCCAACCUCAGCACCCUUCAGCUCCAAGCAAAUGUCAUAGAGGAUGUUGGAAGUGUGUUCAAGGACCUGAAAUCUCUGACUAUGCUGGAUAUGAGGAAAAACAGGCUGAGGGACAUCCCUGACAACCUCCCAGAGGGGCUGCAGCAGCUCUACCUGGAGUUUAAUAACAUAGAGAGCGUGCCGGUGGGAUUUCUCACCGUGAAUCCCCAACUGCAGUUUGUCCGGUUGGCUCACAACAAGCUGACCAAUAAAGGACUUCCAUCCAGUGUCUUUAAUAUCAGCACGCUGAUUGAGCUUGACCUUUCUUUCAAUAAACUGGAGAAGAUCCCUGUUGUCAGUCAGAACCUGGAGAACCUUUAUUUGCAAGCCAAUAAGAUCAAAGAGUUCUCCCUGAGCAGUUUCUGCGAUACAAUCAACAUGACAAACUUCUCCAGGCUAAGAAUGCUGCGUUUGGAUGCCAAUGAGAUCAGUGCCAAAGACAUUCCGGCUGAGGCUGCCUACUGUUUGCGGCGUGUUGCCUUUAUUGAUGUGUAGCGCUCCCUGCUCUCUCUGUCUCUUAUGUCUCUCAACUCGCCCAGGGUGUUGCUCCAUCUGUUACACCCCGGCCCCUUGUCACCUGUCACAUUCCAAUUACAGUGUAGCCUUUUCCAUCAAAGCAUAUUUGAGA